AGCGUGUCUUGACGCAUACAUACACAACAUACAAGUACGAAGACAAGAAGCAGCGCAACCGCAACGUGAGGAAGGGAAUCCGUACUGUACUGGUGGUGGCCGUUUUCUCUCAUGUGAUGCCGAACCUGAUAAACGAGCCCGAUGCUGACCAACAUGAUGCUACACACCGCCCAUCUUUGCCGCUCCACCCUCAGAGAAGCGCGCCGCGUCGUUCUCGCGUGCCAACGACCGCGACUCUUCGUCCGGAUUGGCGCGUGAAGGUAGAGAACGAACGCGUCACAGCCGCAACGACCGUCUCGGCCACUACGGACAACACCGUCGAUAGCAACGAGGUGCGCCGCAGACCGUGUUGCACCCACCGCGGCAACUGGCACGACGACAGCCUCAUCGAAAAGAAGACACAAGACACCGCGGAGACGGCGAAGAGGCUGCCACGCUUUCCAAGUUUGCUGGCCCAGAAGCUGAACGCAACAAUCACGGCGGCGCAGGACGGGGACUCGCUGAACGCGCUGACGUUGUCCACGCAGUUAAACACAGAAGAUACGCAGGAGGACACUGCAGCUCAAGCUGCUGCGACUUUGUCGACGAUGCGUGACGGGCAUCAACGCAUGCACUGCGCCCAACCCACCGAGGACACCGUGAUGGUGCCGGCGCCCACUGCUGAGGCGCUGAAAGAUCCAGCGACGCCAACGAUGCUGAGGCACGCCGCACUGCCAUGUCUGCGAACACAGCUGCGGGGCUCCUUCACAGCGAACACCUCCACCACCGGCGCCGCCACGGGCAGCAACAACCGUGUGGAGGUGAUGACGGCGGCUACGCCUGAGGAAAGGCACGAGGUGGAUGCUGCUGCAGGUGCUCCUUCGGCGGCAACGUCGCCUGUUGUGACGUCCACCGCGUUGCGCGGUGUUGUGAUCAUCGUCCCCUCCCCUCCACACGAGGAGCGGCCGCCCAACGUGGCCGCCGCACGCCGCUCGUACAGCCUCAACGGCUCGAGCAACGCCUCCGAGGUGUGGAUGGCGCUGAGCGGGUCGGCGUGCAAUUCGCUGGAUGUCGGCCACCAAAGCGCGAGUCCGUCUCAUCUGUCCCAGUCUCGUCCGCGUGGACGUCGCCGCAAUUCCGAGGCGAUGUCCGACUCGCUGCCACGCGUGGCGACUGGAACGUGCGGCAACGGCAGCGUCGGUGCGCACUGCGGUCACUCGCUGCUGCUGGAUGCAACGCAGCUGAAGGCGCGCUACUUUCCUGCGUCCUCCUCUACGUUCACCGCCACGACUGCGUUGGCCCGCGCGGCGAGGUGCUGCACCGACACCCACAGGCCGGUCACGACGGAUACGUGCAACGCGAGCGGUCAGGGGGUGGCGCAGGCGGCACAUGGGCGUCUUCCACCCCCACCACCAUCGCCCGGAGCGGCAACAACGUCGCAUAAAAGCACCGCUGCGAUACCUGUGUCGGGGAGAGAAGAAGAAGAUGCGAGCCACGCCGCGUCAGCACACUCGGGCUACAAUUCUAACAACGAGUCGUCGCCGUGCCGGUCAGCGGAAAGCAGUCUUAUGACGGACCUGUCGGGAAUGGCGUGCUGCGACAUCGAGGGCACUCCCCUCCACCACCCUGCCAUGCGUCGGCAACGCAGCGUCGUCAUCAACGGUGGCGGUAACGCGAGUGCGCCGCGGCACAGCUCCGUGGCCGUGGUGAACUUGUCGAGCAUGACGCCCAGCGCACUGAUGCGGGCGACGACCGCGACGCCCCUCGUCAACUUCACCACGCACACCGCGUCGACGACGGCCACCGCCAGCGCCGCCGCCGUGUCCUCCGUCGUGCGCUCGGCAAUGCACGUUGUCGUGGCGCGGCACGAGGUCGACGACGGUGCGGCCACCUCCAGCGCGGAAGGACGUCCCACAACGUCAAUGGAGGCGCUGCUGCUCGACGACCCAGACGCGCCGCCCGGUGCGACGGCGGCAGCUCUGCGUCACCUACGUGAACGAAAACUCAGUAGGAAGAAGAACCGCCGCCCGCUGCGGCGCAAUCCCACUGCCGCUACGUCAUCGCAUUGCGGCUGUGCACACAGCCACGCCAACGCAGCGGAGUUCGCCAUGUCGCUCGUGGUGUCCACAGGAGCCGUCGAAUCGUGCCGACGCCACAACAGACCCCUCGCAAACUCUUCUGUCCUGCCGGUGUCGCCGCAGUCCACCGCACUUGUGAGUCGGCACUGCAGCAACGAGGACGCGCGACGGGGCCUGGAGAAGACCAUCCACCCGUGUGCAUUCGGCGCCCACCCCUUACAUCCGCUGGAACCGGGGCCGCUACCGCUGUCGAACGCCGGUGUGGUGCCGCUGGUCGCGAUGGAGAUUCACCUGCCAAAAGUGACGCGACGGGUGAAGCGGUCGUCGCGCAAAUAA